ACUGGAAGAGACAAGCUUUUGUUUCUUCCAGCUGCCAGAUGUCACUGGCAGUGAUGCAUCUGCUGUACCUGCUCAUGCUGCUGGCUGUGUACAGGCCUGCACAUGGCACUUGGGACACUUGCAGAGGGACCUGCGGGCACCGGCCCAUGGCUUCUGACUACGACUCCAUAGCUUCUGACUUCAGCAUUGUGGCUGGCACAGGUGCCCAGCCAGGAGCCUGGCCCUGGAUUGUCAGCAUCCAGGACCCCAGGAAAAUAGGCACUGGCCACACAUGUGGAGGGUCCCUCAUCAGCCCCCAGUGGGUCCUCACAGCAGCCCACUGCUUCCUCCAGGCCAGGAAUGUCACCAUGUGGCGUGUGCUCAUCGGGGCCACCCACCUGACCCACCUGGGCCCCGAGGUGCAGGUGCGCCACAUCAAGCAGCUGCUGGUGCACCAGGAGUACACAGCAGCCUCGCAGCAGAACGACAUUGCCCUGCUGCAGCUGGACCAGCCCGUGCAGUGCAGCGACUACGUGCAGCUGGCCUGCGUGCCCAACGCCUCGCUCACCGUGUCAGAGCUGAAAUCCUGCUACAUUGCUGGCUGGGGUUCUGCCAGUGCAAAAGCUCUGGGUGUGAGUGAUGUCCUGCAGGAAGCCAAGGUCCGGCUCCUGGAUAUCCAGCACGUCAACAGCAGCCGCCGGUAUGCUGGGACCAUCCACACCCACAACCUGUGUGCUGGCUACCCACGGGGGGGCAUGGACACCUGCCAGGGCGACAGUGGAGGGCCUCUGGUGUGCAAAGAUAACAGUGCCAGCUACUUCUGGCUUGUUGGAGUGACCAGCUGGGGAAAAGGCUGUGCCAGAGCAAAACGGACGGGAGUCUACACCUCCACUCAGCACUUCUACAACUGGAUCCUGGUCCAGAUGGGUCUAUGCCCAGCUGUAACAGCCACUCCAGAACCAGAGUCAACCUGCCUCUCAAUCCCUCUUGAGCAGCCAGAGCCAGCACCAACAGAGUCAGGCUGCUCUACUCCCACUCCAUGUCCAGAGACAACUGUAACAGCCACUACAACGCCAGAGUCAACCUUCAGCUCAACCCCCUCUGAGGAGCCAGAGCCAACAGAGCCAAUAGAGCCAACAGAGCCAAUAGAGCCAACAGAGCCAGCAGAGCUAAUAGAGCCAGUAGAGCCAAUAGAGCCAGCAGAGCCAGUAGAGCUAAUAGAGCCAGUAGAGCCAAUAGAGCCAGCAGAGCCAGUAGAGCUAAUAGAGCCAGUAGAGCCAAUAGAGCCAGCAGAGCCAGUAGAGCUAAUAGAGCCAGUAGAGCCAAUAGAGCCAGCAGAGCCAGUAGAGCUAAUAGAGCCAGUAGAGCCAAUAGAGCCAGCAGAGCCAGUAGAGCUAAUAGAGCCAGUAGAGCCAAUAGAGCCAGCAGAGCCAGUAGAGCUAAUAGAGCCAGUAGAGCCAAUAGAGCCAGCAGAGCCAGUAGAGCUAAUAGAGCCAGUAGAGCCAAUAGAGCCAGCAGAGCCAGUAGAGCUAAUAGAGCCAGUAGAGCCAAUAGAGCCAGCAGAGCCAGUAGAGCUAAUAGAGCCAGUAGAGCCAAUAGAGCCAACAGAGCCAGUAGAGCCAACACCAACAGAGUCAGGCUGCUCUACGCCCACUCCUCAAGAACCAACUGUGACAGACACACCAGCACCAGAGACCUCAGCCCCCUCUGAGAAGCCAGUACCAACAAAAGCGAACAUCGUGUCCGCUCCACAUCCCUACCAGAUACUGGUGCAAUUCUUAACUCGGGUGCAUAAGAUGCUGCUGAACCUCAUGGGAAAAAAGGCAUCAGGAGGAGGAUGA